UCUCACUUUGUUCCUUUGCUUCCCUCCAUCCCAAUUCGAAAUCAGCAAAAAUGUCGGAUGCGAUCUAUUUCUAUAUAAACCCUGACAUUCUCUCCAAUCUUCCCGCUCGAUCGACGAGUACUUCAUUGGUCUAGCUACUCUCAAUCAGCCAGCUAUCGCCUUCCCGCUGCUGGCCGGAGCUGUCCGCCGUCUCCAAUAGCCGGUCGGCGGCGCAAAGAAUAGUGAAGCUCGACGACGGAGGCAGCAACUUCAAAACCAUCUGGCGACUCUCGUAGCUACGAAGCUCCUCCAGCUGCUGGCUGAGCUGGAAAGGUUGCGACUUUCGUUCAGAUCAGAGGUUUAAGAACGAGGGCGUUUGAGGACACAACUACUGCACCUAAUGAAGUUUUGAAACAAAUGAAGAUCCCCUUAGAAGUUGUGUUUGUCUGUCUGAUAGCCUUCAUUUGGUUGCCCAGAGGUUAUUGUGAUCAACUUGCCCCAACAUCAGGCACAAGAAAUUGGACGUGUGAUUGUUCUUUGCCAUAUCCAGGAAACCAGAGUUAUAUUAGCUCUAACUGCUCCAACUCCUGCGAUUGCAAUCAAGCCAGUGGAGGAUCAAAUGGGAAAAUGUGGACGUGCAUGUGUCCAGCGGAUGGACUUCCGAGAAUAGCUGAUGUCAGUCAUGAAGAAACCUGUUUUACGGCCUGUAAUUGCACUAUUGGAUCUCUGAAUGGAGUUCAGACUCCAAGGAACCACAUUUCUAGCAGAGUCCUCGUUAUCAUUCUACUACUAUGUGUUGUACUUACAACUCUGGCAUUUGUUGCUUCUGUGACAUUUUAUGUCUAUAGAAGGGAGAAAUCCCUUAUCGAAUCACCAGCUUUCUCCUCAGACAGACUUGCAAGUUUUAAUAGUAGAUCUCAUUUGAUUAGUCAGAGAACCUGUUCUUCAGGAUCAGAAUCCAAGGCUAGCAUUAACUGCUCAAGUAAUUCUGUCUCAGGGUGUUUUGGCAAGGCUUCUUUCUUAUGUGGGAACAAAAAAGACAUCGUCUAUGGAGUCAUCAGCCGCUUUUCAUACACUGAGCUGGAAUAUGGAACCGAUAAGUUCUCAGAUUCCAAUCUCAUAGGAUGUGGAGUAAGUAGCUUCGUUUAUCGUGGCCUGCUACGAGAUGGUACAAGUGUGGCAAUAAAAAGGCUCAAAUCUCAGAAAGGACCUGAUUUUGAGUCGGUCUUUUCAACAGAGGUUGAACUGUUGUCCAGACUCAAUCACUGCCACGUUGUGCCUUUGCUUGGUUACUGCUCAGAGUUCCAAGGAAAACAUUCUGAGAGGCUACUCGUAUUCGAGUACAUGCCCAACGGGAACCUUAGAGAUUGCUUGGAUGGAGCUAUAGGUGAAAAUAUGAGCUGGGAGAUCCGCGUUAUGAUCGCUAUAGGAGCAGCAAGGGGUUUGGAAUAUCUCCACGCAGCAGCAGCCCCCAGAAUCUUGCAUAGAGAUGUUAAGUCCACAAACAUCCUGCUUGAUGAAAGUUGGAGAGCGAAGAUUACGGAUCUUGGGAUGGCCAAAUGUUUAAGAGGCGAUGAAGCUCCAAGCACUUCCAAUUCUCCAGCAAGAAUGCAGGGCACUUUUGGCUAUUUUGCUCCGGAGUAUGCUAUGAUUGGAAGAGCCUCUCUUAUGUCUGACGUGUUCAGUUUUGGAGUAGUUCUUCUUGAGCUCAUCACCGGUCGACACCCAAUCCAUAAAACGCAGAACAAAGGAGAAGAAAGCCUUGUAUUCUGGGCAACCCCGCGGCUGUUAGAUAGCAAGCGAGUGAUAUCAGAGUUGCCCGAUCCACGUUUGAAGGGGAAUUUCCCAGAAGAAGAGAUGCAUAUAAUGGCUUACCUAGCAAAAGAGUGCCUGCUAUUGGAUCCCGAUGCUCGACCAACCAUGAGCGAGGUUGUCCAAAUCCUUUCUACCGUUGCACCUGAUAAAUCUAGUAGGAGAAAUAUCCCAAUGAGUCUCUUUCAGAUGCCUUCCAUAGCCCAUAGCUUCCAAAACGAAACAUUCAUCGACAAAACUGAACUUAUAACUGAAGAUCCUGCCAAUUCAGAGGAGGAUCCAAUUGAGAACGAGUCAGCAAAACUCUCCUCGCCCCGAAAAGAGGACCACGUGGUUGAGAACAGAGAGCCCUGCACAGUAACUGAUAACGAAAGAGGAGAUGGCAGUACUGUUUCUGCUGAAUAUAUGGACAGGCUGCUCCUCCUGACCUCACGUCAACCAAACGUACGUGCCUCAGAUGAUGAAGUGGUAGAUAUAGCCGAGCCUCGAUUCGAAUCGUUCUGCAUGGCAAACAUGAAAUCACCCUCAAGGUAAAUACAUAGCGCAAAUGGAUUCAUUCCCACUACUUUUCCUCCCACUAAACAGGGCUCGUGGUUUCGGUUUCGUGUUUGCUCUUGGUUUGAUGAACUGAGGAGAGGAAAGUUUGUUAUGGUAGUAGUAGAGAUUCUCAUUUUAGCAAGUGCAGAAAAACAGGGUAUUGCUUUCUCUCCGGUCUACUUUCAUUUGUACAUAAUGUGUAAGCUUUUCCUUUAUACGACGUGAUUGUGCAAGC